UCUAGAUUCGGGGCCCGUGCAGACUUCCAGUUGCACGUCGUUCGGCCACCAUGACGAUGAAAGGCCUGUCUAAUAGUCGCAGCCUCCACCACACGGUGACCUGCGACCCCUCCUACGACUCCAUGACGCUCGGACGCUCCGACCGCCGCUCCUACUUCCUCAAUAACCCCGGGGAGUCUCACCCUGCAGACCACCACCACCACCACCACAACAACAACAACCCUGGAUUCCCCCAACGAAACUCUUUCCACUCCGAAUGCGGCGCCUACCCGGAUAUUUCCAGCUGCACAUUCCCCCGCAGACACUACAGCUCCAACCACGAGCUGAAGGAGGAGUGUGGAGCUCUGGUGCCUUACACUGGGCAAACUGGGAGCAUUAAAGGGAGUGGAGGAGGAGGAAACAACAACAACCGGACCCCCGCCAAUCUGUUGGAGCAGUUUGAUCGUCAGGCACCGAUGCAGCGUGAAGGAUAUCACACUUUACAGUAUAAACGAACUGCGGUGGAGCAUCAGCGCAGCGACAGCCCCGGGCGAAUUCGACAUCUCGUCCAUUCUGUACAGAAGCUUUUCACCAAGUCUCACUCCUUAGAGGGGCCUUCAGGAGGAGGAGGAGGAAUAGGAGGAGGAAGUGGAAAGAUGAACGGCAGCAAAUCCAGCCCUGACGACCCGCCGUCCUCCUCUUCUGGCACUCUGAAACACAGCAAGCGCAGUAAAAGCAAAGAUCGAUCCAAGUCUGAGCCCAAAAUGCGCUCCGCCAUCUCCGGAUACUGGAGUUCAGACGACACUCUGGACCACGAGAUGUGUCUCUAUCAUCAUCAUCAUCAUGGAGGAAAUGGAGGAGGACGUCCAUCGGGGGUCAUGACUAUGGGGCGUCACCCGGAGAAAUCGCAGUCCCAAUACUUCAUGGAGUCCUACAACACCAUCAGCGCUCACUCUCUGAAGACGUCGCGCAGCAACAACGAUGUGAAGUGCUCCACGUGUGCAGGAGGAGGAGGGGGAGGUUUGCAACUUGUCGGCCCGUUGGAGGGUCAAGUGCAGCUGAGGAAGAGCUCGUGGUCGUCCACUCUGACGGUGAGCAGAGCGAGGGAGGUCUACCAAAAGGCCUCGGUCAACCUAGAUAAAGCUCUAGUGAAAGCUGAGCAGGGGCGCACCUGCCACUUCCUACAG